AUGAUUCCCUUCAUGUCCAAGAAGAAGAAGUUCAAGUUCCAGGUACAUCUUGGGCUGGAAGAGCUUGCUUCUGUACCAUUUGUAACAGGCAUUUUGUUUGCCAAGGUCCGGCUGAAUGAUGGGGGCAGUUUCAUGGACUUGUCCUGUAGGGAAGAGGUUCACAACAACUGCGUGCAGUGGAACAGCAACUUUGAGUUUCCCUGUAAGAUGACUGCAAACUUAUCCAGCGGAGUGCUGGACCCUUGUCAUGUGAGAAUCUCUGUGAGAAAGGAACUAAAGGGAGGAAAAUCACACCAAAAACUAGGCUAUGUCGACUUAAAUCUGGCCCAGUUUGCAGGGGGAGGGAAGAUGACCAAGAGGUAUCUUCUGGAGGGCUACGACACCAAGCACCGACAGGACAACUCUACCAUCAAAAUCAGCGUGGAGUUGUUGCUAAUCUCUGGGGAUCCUGUGUUUAAAGUGCCUUCGAACCACGCAGUUACUCAGAGUUCCUCUGCCAUUGGCCAUUCCUGUGACCACAUUGACCUUCGGCCUACAGACAACCUCAGUGAGGAUAGUCUAGCCUCAAGCAGCAGUGGGUUUAGCAGCCUCACUCGUCGAGGGAAAGUGGGUUCUCUAAUUUCAGAUGGUGUCGAAGGCGAAGCACCCGCUGAUGGUUUGGGCAACUCCCGCAGUGCUAGCUACAUUUCCCAGCAUUCUCGUGGCUCUGGGACCCCUAGCAGUGUGUCAUCAUCAACUCUGGAAAGGCGACGGAAAAUUGAAGAGUCUGGCAAGGAAGUGGUUGUAGGUGCAACAAGGGUGGAUGCUGAAGCUUUAGUGAAUGAGCUGUUGGAGAGCACGAAUCUCGACUCUACCGAGAUUGAUGAUGCUUCAGGACUUCAGCUGUUGGUUCAGAAGGAUGGAACAAUGGCUCUUAGAUAG